CGCCAUUCGUCGUUGAGCGGCAUUGGUGAUUGGUUAAUCGGUAAGAGCGCCAGGCGGGUGACUGUCGUGACUGAUGAGCCCAUCGACACAGAUCAACAAGAAUUGACAAGAACCAAGAAUAUUAGCAAUAAUAUCGAGUCCUUCUUUGUGUAAUUCUGAUUUACAGGGAGAAGGGCAGUUACAACGUCUCUAAAAAUCUCGAUUCUUACAACCUCCGAGGAAAUUCAAGAAACAUGUUACGUUUCUUCAUUACAAUUGCGGCACUUGCUGUGCUGAUCGAAGCAGAAUUCCAAAGAAUUUCAUUACACAAGGUAGAUUCCAUUCGAAAAGCUUUGAAAGAGGUUGACACUGACCUGACACAAGUUCGUAUGCUUACAACUACUGGCACACCAGAACCUCUAUCUAAUUAUUUGGAUGCUCAAUACUAUGGUGUUAUUUCAAUUGGAACUCCACCACAGAAUUUUAAAGUAAUUUUUGAUACUGGUUCCUCCAACCUCUGGGUACCAUCCAAGAAAUGCAGCCUUACCAACAUUGCUUGCUUGUUGCAUAAUAAAUAUAAUAGCAAAAAAUCCACUACAUACCAUAAAAAUGAUACUGCAUUUGCCAUUCGUUAUGGUACUGGCAGCCUGUCUGGAUUUUUAUCUGAAGAUGUAGUGACUGUUGCUGGCCUUGCUGUUCAGCAUCAAACAUUCGCGGAAGCUGUAACAGAACCAGGAUUAGCCUUUGUUGCUGCGAAAUUCGAUGGUAUCUUGGGGAUGGGUUACUCUACGAUAUCCGUCGAUGGAGUGACUCCCGUCUUUUAUAAUAUGGUCAAACAAAACUUGGUGCCGCAAGCUGUUUUUAGUUUCUAUUUAAAUCGCGAUCCUUCAGCUGAAGUGGGUGGUGAAAUGAUAUUGGGUGGCUCCGACCCCGAUCAUUACGAAAGCGAAUUCACGUAUAUUCCUGUUACUCGCAAAGGAUACUGGCAAUUUACGAUGGAUGGGGUUCGAGUAAAAGAUAGCGCUUUCUGCAAGGAAGGCUGCCAAGCUAUUGCCGAUACGGGCACUUCCCUAAUAGCUGGACCAGUGUCAGAAAUCGAAAAUAUUAACAAAAUGAUCGGAGCUACUUCUAUUGGUGGGGAAGCAAUAGUGAGUUGUAACCAGAUUUCUGAUAUGCCCUCGAUCAGUUUCAUACUAGGUGGUAAGAAUUUCACUCUUACUAGUGAAGAUUAUGUCCUUAAGAUUAAACAAUUUGGUAAAACAAUAUGUAUGAGUGGCUUCAUGGGUAUGGAUUUGCCUCAGUCAUUAUGGAUUUUGGGUGAUGUAUUUAUUGGCCGAUUUUAUACAGAGUUUGAUAUGGAGAACGACCGAGUAGGAUUCGCUAUUUCAAAGUAAAUAUUGAUUGCCUUUUCAUGAAGUUGCCGUUAAACGCUAAAGAAGAUUUAAAUGACAACUUCGCGAAUAAUUUUCUUAGAAUACUGUUUCCUUAUUGCCUUGUAAUUUUUACCUGGGUUCCAUGCGAUACGUUGUUACACAAUUAUCUCUACGUGAUACUUAAUAAAAUAAGAAUAGAUAUCGUUUCUAAAUAUAGCAUAUCUUUUUUCAUAUAGAAGUGUAUUA